AUGGUAUCAAGUUACUUAGACAACGUUUUCCAGGACGAAAAUCAAUAUCCGAACAAGUUCGAGUCAACUACCAAACGAAUGAAACUGGAGGACUCCUCAGUAGAUCAAGAGACGUCAGUUGGCUCAUGCAGUUUGCCAGAACGUGGAGUUACUAGAGAACUCAACAACACUGUUCUCAACUUCAAUCGUCCGAUGCCCUCUUCAUCACCCGAAUUCCCGUUUGCUCCCCUCUCGUCUUCUCUCUCCCCACCAACAUUAACCCAAUCUCAUUCAAUGUCAAUCGAGCAAGCUCAGGUUCUUUUGAGCACACCGAUCUCUUAUAAGAUCUACCUGGAUACCAAGAAAAUCGCCAGACAAAUGAGAGAGUGGUUCACACUUGCGAUCUGUUCCCAGGCAUUCUUUGCAGUCCAUGUUCUUGGGGUUGCUCGGAGCCGUUUCCAUAGAGUUCUCACCAUCCCACCACCAUUCAAUUCAUUGAAGGCUGGAAAGGAAUUGUACAUCAAAAUGUACAAUUGGUUGAAUUUGUCAGAAGAUGUGAAAAAAGAAAUCUUGUCGGUAUCUGGGACAAACUCAAUAAAGUUUGCUCAAGUUUCAGAAAACAAAGAGGAAGAGUACGAGUGUCCAAAAGAGAUCUCCCGGAAACGCAAAGCUUCAUUCCAUUCGAAGACAUCUUCCUACUCUGGAUCAUCUCUAUCUCCUGACUCGUCCACAUCGAUUACCGCCGAGGCAUUCAAUGCAAUCAUCAACAAGAAAAUCAAUUAUGUUAACACCAGUAAUAUCUCGAUGUUGAUCAAGGAUUGGCUCGAGAAAACUCAAGCGACUCAGGAGUGGUUUGCCAUCAAGAUCUUGGGAAGAUGCAGAAGGACACUCAGUCAAUGUCUGAAUAAUCCAAAGGACUGGAAAGAUUUGAGUCAAAAGAGAGAAAUCUACGUGAAGAUGCACAAUUGGAUGUGUUUGACAGAAGAACAGAGACACGAGAUGAUGAGAAUUUACAAGGCGCCGAACAUGGAUUCCCAAUAA